UACAAUGUUUUGGCGCGCUUUGAGUAUUCUCUCAUAUUUCAAUCCAAGAUUGAAAACCGCAUAACCGCAUUCUUCUUCCGUUAUAGUUUUUCUUACGCGACUGAAAAAUCCCCAAAUCCAAUUCACUGCGAAAUGAACACCUCCGAAACAGACGGUAACGACGACGAUCGCCGUCUCAGUCUCAUCGAUAUUUCUUCCGCCGACGAUUCUCUCAUCGGCAAUCCCUUCCAUCAUCAACAUUCAGAGAUGAUAUGCACUUCAAAUUUGAAAGAUGAAUUCGAUGACGCUGCCACCAAAAUCAACGAGUGGGAGCGGGAACCUCGUCCAAUUGCGAUUGAAAACACUAAGUGUAAUUUGCGCCAGAGUUUAGCUUGGGAUACGGCUUUUUUCACAAGUCCUGGUUUUUUGGAACCUGAGGAGUUGAGUAGUAUGAUUGUGGGGGUUGGGAAGGGUGAUAAGCAGACAUCAUCGCUACCGGCGAUUCAAGAGGAUGUAAAGGGAUCGUGUGAGUCCAUCUCUACUUUUAAAAGUAACAAUAGCUUGAUCCAGGAGGGUGUAGAGGAUGAUCUGUUUCAAGAUGUAAGAGCUUCAAUUCAGAACUUCAGCAGGAUGUCCGAUGCGGCAAGGUUAAAUAGAGAAGUUCUACCCCGGUUCCAUCCUGGUGGCUCUUCUAAAGCGGUUGGCAUGGCUUCUUAUAAGAAGGUCCCAAGUUCCAAGAGUCCAAGUGCAGGCAUGCAAAGCACAAGGAAGUUGCCAAAAAAGAAUCCUAUUUCUCCACACCUAUCACGGAAACCUGUUGCUAGAAGGGAAGAACCAUGUAUUUCAAAGCAACUAAAGACACUAGGAAAGUCUAGUCCGAGUUCAACAAUAUCAUCCAAUAGAAGUUCCAUUGGCGAUCUUCAUGUCAAAAGUGAAAAGGACAGGGCGAAUAAUAAAAAUUGUGGUAAGGUCAAUUCUGUGAUGAACACAACUGUCGUUAAGGGCUCUCAAGUUAAUGGGCUUAAACCCAUCACAUUGUCCAAAUCCUCUUUAGGCCGACCGCUUGCUACAAAAGCAAAAUCAACAAUUUGCUCAUCUUCCAGUAGCAACUUAGCCUGUAAUAUUAGCAAAUCACCAUCGAAUUCCUUGAAAAGAAAAGUUGAUGCUGGAACCAAAACACAACCCUCUUCUUGCUCAGUUGUCAGAACACCAUCUAGAAUUGCUUCGAGAGAUAAAAUUAGGUCUAGCAAUUCUAGUCUUUCAGACUUGGUGUCUGUUACCAAGUUCUCUUCUAGUAUUUCCCCUGCCAGCUCUAUUAGCGAUCGGUCUUCUGAGUCAUCAUCACCAUCAACUUCUAUGACUAAAGUUAGGUCUAACAGUUCAAGGACUAUCUUUCACAGUAGCUCUAGCAAAAAGCAUUUACCAGGGAAUAAUGCUAGACAUGUUUUGAAUUCUCAAAAAUCUCAUACUGGUUCAUGCUUAGAAGGGAAGGAGACUAGAAAUGCUGGAUCCAUCAGCCAGAGGGUAAGGGGGGCUACUGCCGCAGAAAAGGUGCUUACCCACUCUCCCAAGAAACCUUUAGGCCUUCGACAGCCAUCACCUAAAAUUGGCUUCUUUGAAGGGGUGAAACCGUCAGUAUGCAAUCCACGUGGGCGGAUGCAGCCACACACUACAGUGUCACAAGGUAGGGUCAGUCCUUCUAUAGGCCAAAACAAAGCAAAGCUUGGAAAGCUGCAUACGGCUUCGCAACAUGUAGAAACCAUGGAAGUUCAAAGCCAGAUGCAUCUUAAAACUUAUGCGGGUGAUUUGGAUGCCAAUAAUACCAUGGUCGAAGGGCACCUAAUAGGUGCAAAUGAUCUAAAACUUGGCUUUACACAGGAAGAGUCUUGUUAUGAUGAUCAAGUUGAUUGUUUGAGCAGACAAGUUGAGCUUAUAGAUAUAAAUUUGAAGACACAGACAUAGCGCAAUGUUGAUGAUGUUUUCUUAGCCUGACAAUUCUAGAAGUGUGGUGCUGUCAAAUGCUAACUCUUAGGUGGUUACUCUUUCUCCUAGAUGGGAGUAAUUCUUGAAGGGUCAUUGCUUCAUUGACUGGGCUUAUUUCCCUAUCCAGUUCUGAUAUGCUAGCUUGCUCAAGGUCAUUUUUUUUUAUGUGAAUCAAGGAGGUUUUUGAUGUAAAUAAUCAUUGCGCAGUAUAGAUGGCUGUAUCAUUGCUUCUAUAGAAUUAGUUGGCUUAAAUGUAUUUAUUUGAUCUCCCUUUUUUUUCCGCCAACAACGAUUUUGAUCCA